AUGCUUGAAACAAAAAAUGUGAAACUUUUGUGUGGGAUUUUGUUCUCAUUUUACAUGCAUUUUAAUUUUAUUUCCUGCGAUUUGAUUCAAUAUAAUGAAGUAAUUUUAGAAGAUGCCAACCUGCUUGUGCCAGAUCUGAUAAAAAAGUAUGAAUAUCCUGUGGAAGUUCACAAGAUCCUGACGAAGGAUGGUUUCAUACUCACAGCUCAUCGCAUUCCCAAAUCUGGCAGGCAGCCAGUGCUGAUGGUCCACGGCCUAUUGGACAGUUCUGCUGGCUUUGUUAUCCUGGGACCCAAAAAGUCCCUGGCCUUCUUACUUAGUGAUUUAGGUUACGAUAUUUGGCUUCUUAAUACCCGUGGUAAUCGAUAUUCCCGCAAACACCAAAGAUUCCACCGAUAUGAAUCGGAAUUCUGGAAUUUUUCAUUUCACGAGCUGGGAAUAUACGAUCUGCCUGCAACUAUUGACUAUAUCCUUUCAAGGAGUAAAGGAUUUGAGCAGUUGCACUAUAUAGGGCACUCUCAAGGAACCACAUCCUUUUUUGUGAUGGGCAGUGAAAGGCCAAAAUAUAUGAAAAAGAUGAAACUAAUGCAGGCUCUGGCUCCGGUAACUACUUGGUACAAUAAUGGUAAUCCUAUUGCGAGGACGUUUGCUAAAUACAUCCGACCGUUGACUAGCCUUGCCAAGUCCUUUGGCAUUUACGAACUGCCACCUGAGAAUGAAGUUUGGCGAAGACUUUAUUACAACCUUUGCAGUUUUGCUUUUCCCAAUACGUGCACAUAUAUUUUAUUUGAGCUUUUCGGCGUCAACUAUCAGCAGUUUAAUUCCAGUCUUAUUCCUCUUUUUCUGGGCCAUGCAGCUGCAGGAUCUUCAGUGAAGUCCUUGCUGCAUUACCUCCAGAUGGUUUACAACGAGGGAUUUUUAAAGUACGACUACUACGAACAAAAUCCACGUAUUUAUGGAAGUGAAAACCCUCCACAGUAUAAUCUAGCUACUGUGGAUUGCAAAAUAGCUCUUCAUUACAGUAAAAAUGAUAAACUGACGGCUGCUAUAGAUGUUCAAAGUUUGCGUGAUUCUCUUCCCAAUGUGGUCCUCGACAAUUUGAUACCAAACGAACGCUUUAAUCAUGUUGAUUUUAUUUGGUCAAAUGAUGUCAAAACAAUGCUGUACGAUUAUGUGAUGGAACUUAUGCAAAAAGUGGAUAAUGGAAAGGUAUAG